AGCUGCUUAAAUGUCACGUUUGUUUUACGUUGCACUUGCUCGAUUUGUGUGUGAGGUUGAGUUUUCUGAAGUAUUGUUGCAAAUUAUUACGAAAUAAAAAAUGGAUCAGUGGCUCUCCGAAGGAUUAUCGAAAAUACUAGAUUUUGAAGUUCCUGAAGACCUUAUAAAGUAUAUAUUAUCAAUCAACAAUGAAAAUGAUUUAAAUGAAUACCUUAAAACCUUAUUAGACUUCGACAAUUCUCAGCAUAAGAACUUUUACUUAGAAUUGGUCAAAAAGAAAUUUCCUUUAAGAGCCGGUACUCAAACAAGGCAACAAAAGAAAAAAAUAGCAAAAAAUAAGCAGCAACAAGAUUUUACCAGCUCAGAAACAAAUACCUCGAGUCAAGUCGCUGAAACAGACACAAAAUCUAAGAAGAAAACUAAAUAUGUGAAUUUGUAUUCACAAGAGGGGAAAAAUGCUCAAGUUGUUCUAUUAAAAGGUCGACAUCACUGUGAAUGUCAAGCAUCAAAACAUGAACUCAUAAAUAACUGUUUGCAGUGCGGUCGAGUGGUUUGCAAGCAGGAGGGUUCAGGGCCGUGUCUGUUUUGUGGCAAUUUAGUUUGUACACCAGAGGAACAAAGGGAGAUAAAUGCCAAGACCAAAUCCAGCGCUAAGUUGAUGGAGUCUCUGAUGGAGAGGACUCGUCCUAAAGGUUGGGAAGCAGCUGUCUCUCAUAGAAAUAAACUCCUUGAGUAUGAUAGGACCAGUGAGCGUCGCACGCGUGUCACAGACGAUGACAGUGAUUACUUCAGUGCCAAUAGCGUGUGGUUGAGUGCCAGUGAACGAGAGAAACUACAAAAGUAUCAAACUUCUCUACACGAGAAAAAACAUGGUUCCAGGCUAAAUAAGAAGAUGACGUUCGAUUUUGCUGGACGUCAAAUCGUCGAAGACAAUACGAUUGAGCAUGAAGUAGACGAAGAACGUAUUCAUCAAAUAACGAACAGUAAUGAUACAAACAGCGUUCAAAUGUUGCGACCAGAUAUUUUGACUAAUUCAUCAGGUGAUAGGGACGUCGCGCCUGGUGUGAACUCGCCUUUAUUACAGUUCGAUGAAUCGGUAGAGAAUCACAGUUACUCAUCUGUUGCUAAGUCAACCUGGGCUCAGUCAUCUCGUAUCCAAGAUUUAGAACUACAGGAGAUGUCUGACACCGGCAAGUGUCUAUCAAUGCACCAGCCCUGGGCCUCUUUACUUGUGGAGGGUAUUAAAUUACAUGAAGGUCGCACGUGGUAUACGAGUCACCGCGGUCGUCUGUGGAUAGCGUCCACUGUGAAAGCUCCAGAUCAAGAUGUCGUCCGGGCACUAGAGAACCAGUACAAGGUUCUUUAUCCGGAUAAGCAAUUCAAGUUUCCAUCCUUCUACCCGACUGGCUGUCUGCUCGGCUGUGUCAAUGUUGACGACUGUUUGCCUCAAGAGGAGUAUUCUAAAAAAUAUCCAGACGGUGAAAGUGACAGUCCCUACGUGUUUAUUUGUUCAAAUCCGGUCAGUCUGAGACUACGGUUCCCCGUAAAGGGGCAGCAUAAAAUUUAUGCUUUGGAUAAAACUAUUCACCAAGCGGCGGUUAAAUGUAUACAGAAAAUGGCAAAGAUGCAGGCGGAAGAAGCAAAUGCAGGCUGAUAUAAUUAUACGGCUAAAUUUGAAAUUAUUAUUUAAUUUAUAGUAAAUAAAACUAUUAUUCCAUUAA